AUGCAUCGAAAGCAGGUCUCCAUGACGAUGUUGCGUGCGAUGAUUGUCCUGCUUUUGGCAACGGCACUUGCCGAUGCCAAACCCAAAAAAUAUCCCCAACACACCUCCAAGGUGCAUUGGAAAAAGGAAGGUGAAUGCUCUCGAGGUCCUUGUGCUGGGUUUCAUGCAGAUGAGAAUGAUGACUGCGUCAGCAAGUGUGUAUCGAACACCUGCUAUGCAGAGGUCUAUGCAACAGACCCCCUGGAGCCUGGAGAGGUAGAUCGGGUACGACAAAGCAGGUUCAAUGCUUGUGUGCGCAAGGAGCAGGACGAAGAAGCCAAGCGGAUCUCGGAGGAACGCAAAGCCAAAGGAAAUAAAUAA